AUGUUUUCUCGAAGUCGUGUUGGACGGGUGCUGAGACUAGAAUCCCUCACCUUGGUGGAGGCCCCGGCUGUGGGUACGGUAUCGCUCAACCUGCAUCUUUCUCGCACCAGCUCGACUCAGUCCUACGGCUUUAAACUCAAAGCAGACGACGCGCACACCACGGCCAACUCCGAUCCUCUUCUUUCACAACUACCACCUUCUUCUCCUUCUUCACUUUCGACGGCUGUGGAGUCUGCGGCGCCUGCUCGGUAUCGUUUAAUUGGGAUUCCGCGUUUUUUAACCGUCGCCUCACGCGCAGUGGAGGCACUUUUUUCCUCUUCACGCGGGGGGGUGGCCUACCUGAGCGCGGUGAACGGCCACACGGCGGCCGACUCCGAUAGGAUGAUGCGCGCACUGAUGGAGGGAAAGGACCACUCAGUUGAGCUCCGCGUGGAGGGAAUGCUUUCGUUUCUGAAAGAGCGCAAACAAAAAUCUCUGGAUGAGGGGUCCGAGCACAGUAAGGAGGGUGUGAAAGCGAUGUCGGAACAGCCGUCGAAGGCUGGGUCUUUGAAAACGGACCGGAAGAGGGUACUGAGGGCUAAAACCAAGUUGAAGUCGCGAAUGUCGCACCAAGCGGUGCCGACUGAGGUCGCCAAAGAAGUGACAGAGGCGAACACAAUGACCCCUGACAACAUCGACGCAAGCAUCGCUAAGAUUAUGGCAGAGAUGUUGUCCAACUCCAGUUCUAAAACUGAUGUGAGUGCGGAUGUGGAUGAUGAACGCCCUGCCACUAAACCGUUCAAAGACCAAAGUAAAAAGCGUUCACAACUUCAGAGAGUAGGGAAGAAAGGGGAGGUGAAAGAGGAAAGUAACAUGCCCGCCGUAAUAACUCCAAAAGACACUGUAGAUUCCCACGACACUUACAUUGACUCUAAGAUCGAAGACAGAACCGCAGCCAUCACUCAGCUUAUCCAAAGGUUUUCUACACUUGGUUUGCCUUCUGAGGCUGCGAGUGCAGAGCCGAAUCUGAAAGAAAAACGACGUGGCAAGAAGAAUGCAACUGACCAACCUCCGGAGGAGGCCAAGGCUCCGUUUGGAAAGCCAGACUCUAAAUUUUGUAAGGGAAAGGGUCGCGAUAAGAAAAAGUCCCAUGAUAAGAUGCGCAAAAAGACUAAGAAUAACUCAAAGACGGCGAAGACCCGCCGAGCGUCCUCCGCAGCGGGGAAUGACAACGAGGAGGCGUUAGAUGCUUCUGUAAGUGCACCCUCAACUGAGUGGCGCGACACCAAGGACCCUGUUUUCACUGUUGAUGAGGAAGGGACUGAUAGUAGCGGAUCAUUUAAGGUGGAGUUAUAG